AUGCGCUCUCGUGGCGCAGCUGCGGUCGACCGCUUCGCUGCGCCGGGGCGCUUCUCUGCAUUGACAGAGCUGGCGUUCGAGGGCCGCGACGUGGGCGCGUUCCGUGGCUUGGCGCGCGCGCUGCCGGCGCUGGGCGGACGCCUGGUGCGUCUUGAGGUAGAGCCGUACACGACGACAGACCUGGACGCCGUCAAGGCAGUGGUCGCCAGCCUGAGGGCGUUGACCGGCUUGACACACCUGCGCUUUGGCCUCGAGCAUGCGGCAAACUGGGGCAGGAGGGUGCCGGACCUGACGUGGCAGCAAGGCAUCUUCGCCGCCGCUGCGUGGAUGUCGCGGCUGGAGGCGCUGUUGCUCAUGGAUGUGGCGCUCGGCAAGGCGGCCGCGCUGGCCGUUUAUCAACUGAUGUCUGGAGUCUGUUGGCCGAGGCUGCGGGUGGGCUCCAAGCCCCUGUAG